AGGACUGUUGAGACCCAGUUUCCUCUGCCACAAUGUGUCUGACUUCAGUGUUUACCGACGGUUUCACGCAGCAGUAAUUCGUUUCUAUGGUGAUAGAAAUGGCAAACUGCUUAUGACCAACUGCGUUACCCUUUCUGUCAUCAAUAUCAAAAUGUGAACUCUGUUGCCAUGGUUUCUUGCUGACUGCAUAUUGAGAAUUUACCAUAGGAAAAACACAGUGGGGAAAAAUUUCACACACUUAAUUAGUUUUGCAUGUGAAGUCAGUAUCUUUGUGUAUGAGAGCGCCGACAUGCAGGAGGUCGGACGUGGAAGAAUAUUCCGGCUGAUAUUAAUUAGUUUGGUUGUCACUGACUCUAUUCAACGUUUAUUUUUAACUUGUCGUUCUCGCAUUCGAGAAAUUUCCCCCGGUGUAUAAUGAAGAAUGCCUGAUCAAAUAUAAAUACGAAGCACAACCUACGUACGCUCUGUCGUCAGUUCAUCCCUAAUACACACAAAAGCUAUUGUAGUGCGGGCAUCCAAUCAGUCCAGAUAUUUAGCCAUUUGGCACGUAACGGGAAACCCUGCAGACGACGUGGUGUCAUCGAUCCUGCGGUACCGCUGCACAACCUGGGUUGCACAAUGGCUGCUGAGCUCACAGCACAUUAAAUUUGAUGAAUAUCAUGAAGUGCGCUGUACGUCUGAUUUGUGCUGACUUGAGGUUUGACUCAUAGGCCUAGAUGAAUGAGCAUACAUGGUUGUAAAUCAUAAAUUCAGACGUGGAGUUGAUAACAGCUUUUGUAUGAGACGAUUCUGAGAUGCUGUCUAUGUCAUGUUGAGUAAAUGUACCCGAACAUAACCCAUUAUGAGUGGGUGGGUAGGCAGGCUAGCGUAGCCCCUAGUGAGUGAAAGGCAAAUUUGGCAACCCUCGAGACCUCCGGGAAUCAUUUACUUGGCUGACCCACAGCAACGCAGGAACUUCAGGCUGAUGUUUAUUUAGCAAGAUUGUGUUUGGAGGUGAAUUUGGCUUGUUUAAGAUUACUCAUAACUUGAUAUUUCAUUUGCUUUUUGUGCAACAAAAAUGACAUUUGCUUCUAGUGAGACAUAUUAGCUGCAAUCUUGGAGCAGACACAAUACCUUAAUCUUUGUCUUAAACUUGUGAAAGUUGAAGUAAAAAGCUGCGUACGUAAUACUAAUCAUUUCAACAUGGAUUACGCUUUUACCGACCCGUCCAAGAUCACCCCUAAACAGCCCCGACUUCUGCGAGAGAGUAAUGACCCUAAUAUCAGGAGGUACAAGCACCUUAAGCUCUCUGGGCGAGACCUCUUGGAUCCUCCGGAUAUCCUCUUCGAACUGACCAAACUUGAAUUCCUCGAUCUUAGCCCUGAGAGAGAGACCUCCUUGCACUUUAAGCUGAUGGAGGUUCCUCGUCAGCUAUCCCGCUUACAGAACUUGACAGUGCUGUGCCUGGGAACCAACGAGCUAAAAGAGAUCCCAGCUGAGCUGUGUGGGCUGGCCAAAUUAGAGCGCCUCGUACUCAGCAACAACCUCCUGACUCAUCUGCCCAAGGAGUUCCGACAGUUGCAGCGUCUUCAAAGCCUUCAUCUGGCCAACAACUUCUUCGAGGAGAUCCCUCGUACAGUGUUCUUUUUGAAAAACCUGGAAUUUCUGGAUGCUUCGGACAACAAAAUCUCCAGGCUGCCCCGUGACGUGGGGAACCUAGUUAAGCUACACACGCUUUUGCUAUACCUCAAUCUCCUCACAACCUUACCGGAAGAAUUGGGCAAUUGUGUUAACCUCCGCACUCUCUGGUUGGGUAUGAAUAGACUUGUGAGCUUACCACGUAGUUUCGGGCGACUUAAUUUUUUGGACUGGGCAGAGCAGCCUAUAUCAUCAAAUCUUGGUGGGAACCCGCUCGAGACACCUCCAAUCGAAAUUUGUCAAGAGGGACCCCGGGCAAUCGCUGAAUUUUUUGACGAAAAUCCAGGGGCUGUGACGUACACUACUGGUUUCAAGGUCAAGGAAGACGAGAAGGAAAUGGAACGAGCCCAUACCGAUGACGAAGUGCUUGCUUUGUCAAGUUCAGGCGACCUGGGAUCAUCGGGUACUUGGAGCUUGGGGUCGACGCAGAGUUUUCCAGGGGCCGUGUCGGUGGAUAAACGAGCAAGAGCAGGUGGUGGCCGUGUGGGAGCGACGUUGGGACACUAAGACCCGCACGUGACAAAUCGAAGCAUUCAUCAGAAGGGAUCGAAGGACCGUGUUCUUUAGCUAAAGUCGCGCCUGAUCGUCAUUUCACUUCUCCUGGUUGCAAAUGAGGGAACUGUAGUAGCCGCCCAAGCUAACGUUUGUCAUUAUUGCUCGAAAAUUAGUGUGAUUUAAGGCUGUGUGAACUUGGCUGCCUUGAAGGCUAAAGGCGGCAAGUUAUGCAUGUUACUUUGAGCCUUUGUCGAGACUAACACAUAUCCAAAGGGCUCCCAUAUCAAUGUGGCUCUUUUGUUCAUUUAUUUGUUUGUUUUUUUUUUGUUUGUUUUUUAUUUUUAGGUUUGCUGUUAGUAAAGGUUCAUCCUAAAGGGGUCUCAACUAAGAGCUGGUCUAGGGGAUGGAUUUCGUAAAGAAAAUUGUCGUAGUGGCUAACAGCAGGAAUUGAAAACAAUAUGGAAGAUCAAUAAAACCACUUUAAUUGCCACCUAAAACCAGUCGGAUUGACCAUAUUAGCUAUUUGCAGGGUAGUAUGAUUCCAAGACAACUCGUGAUGAAAUCUUAGGUCAGGUAUCACCCACGGAUAUAAGUAGAUCAUGACGCAACAUGUCAAGGGUUACAAGGAAAGCCCUGGGCAGAUAUCGCAUCUUUAGAUGUAUGUGAAGGCUGUUAAUAUUUGCGGCCACUUUGAAUUUGAAAACAUGCAAAAAACUCCAAAAAUGCAUAGGAAGAGAGCAACAUUGAGUUGCGUAUGGGCACAAAGCAUAAGAAAAAAAACCCCGAUCAGUGCUCUGUUCUCUCGGUCUGCUCCCGAUCUUAACGAGUAUCCCUUUUACCUUCACUAAUGAGCAUACAUUAAGAAACUUUGUAGUCAUGAGCGCUGCUUUUUGUUCAAUAGUGUCCGGUGUGAUGAACAGCGCCGCCAUAAAGUAUUGUGUUAAUCCCCCCCCUUCGAUUUUUCUGAGGUCGGGUGACCGGCAAACAAACACUGUUAUUAUAUUUAAUCCCCCAUAUCGAAACGACCUUUGGUUGCUAGGCCACUGUGACGUGACAGUACUCGAGGGUGUGAGCAUAUAUUCUGACACCUGAAAUUUUCGUUGAUCCGUUGUGGUAGAUCAAACCUUUAGGUUGCAUACCCAAACACCUCUGGGGAAACGUUUGUACGUUUCUCCAUUAGUGCUUCAUGUGUGUGCUCUCCUUUUAAAGAACAGUGGUACCUUACGACUUCACAUGAAAUGUACAUACUUUUUCUUUUAUAAAAAUUGCAAUUUUCAAGGAAAGCGGUAUUUAGUAAUAAGGAUUUGAAUGUUAGAGUGUAAUUAUCGAAAGUUUAUUGUCUGCUAAUGGCCUUUCUGAGGAUUUAUGUAGAUGUAUUUCAUUAAGUGCAACGAUAAAUGGUGUAAUGGUAAUGAUCUGAAAUUGGGGGACUACAAAUGUGUUAUAGUCUUGUAAAAUAUUUGUGUGAAACAAACUACUUCUGUUUUGUGCAAAACCUACCAGAAAAUAUAACAAUUAUUAAUAUUACCAUUGGAUAACGAAGGCCAUCAACAUUACUGGCAUCACUGUUUUCAGCUGAUUUCAGUGUCAUAAAAGUAUUUUGACACAGAUAGCAAAAGUUUUUGAACAAAAAAGUUCGGCUGACCGGCAAGAGAAACCACGAUUCCUGUCAGUCUGACCAAGAAAAUCGACUUGCACUCAAACCUCUCGUUGUCAGCAGACUGUGACCACAAUCACUUUACUACCGGGCACCACCAUUAUGGAUCUUCGUGGAGAGUCCAUAUCCAUGGUUAUGCCACAUUCCUUGUUUCUUUGCAAUACCUCAGCUGUCUCAACCCCGGCUUAUAUUAAUGCUCGCGUUUUGUUUGUUACAUUGUGUAAUGAGUUCUUGACACAAUUUUCGCCACGUACGUUUAGUUUGAAGUUCUUGUUCACAAUAGUCCAAAGCUGCCCACGACCACCUAAGAAGGGUCGAAUUGCACUGCUCCCUAAACGCACAUUUCUCAAUCAUUCUUGUAACUUUAACCAAAACCCAAUCGUCUUGUGUACUCGCAAGAGAGAACAAGGGGUCAUUCAUAGUUCACUAGUUUUGCGUCCGAGUUGCGGUGAUAAGACAUUGCUUAAGAUUUCGUUGUCCUCAUUAGGUACACACGAAAGUGCUGACAUGUUGUACUGCUAUCUUAAUCGACACGAUUCACUCUUCUUUCUAAUAACGUACUGUUACGUAGUCAUUCUGACGGAUUAUCUUGUCAAAUUUCUGCUCUGAUGCCAUGCGAUGGUGUUUCAGUAUUUUAAACGUGGUGGACGUUUUCCUUGUCAUAGCCUACAUAUUCAAUCACUGGAGCCAAGUUAGCGUGUGGUGUUAGCAUUAGAAUUCCUUGUUGUAUACUUUUGCCAGUUACACUUUAGGAAACUUUUAUUAUUUGGACUCCUCAACUAAAAAUUUUGAUGUUCGUACACGUACAUGUAUUUAUUAAUCUAAUUCUUUCAAGUCUAUCGUUUUUUAAUUUCUUGUAUGACUUGAUACAAUUCAAUCGUUACGAUUGCUACCUAAACCAUUUAUCUGUCUAUUAGUGCAUGCAGGGACAGUUUACUGUAAUGCAGUUAUUCAAAUGUAUUUUUUUUUAUCUCGGCAAAAUUGAUUCUUUACGAUGUGCAUUGUGUUUACGAUAAAUGUUUAUGUUUUAUUUCAAUAAUAAAUUAACGAUACACUUGUUGACUACUCAAAUGGAAUAGGUGCUAUAUUGUGAGCGGGUUGUUGGUUCUACAGGGUCAGCAUACAUUUUUGUAUGCUUGCAUGUUUAUGUAUAGGAGUAUGUUUACCAGAGGAAAAUAAUCAGUAUCUCUUGUUCGUAAUUCCAUCCAUCUAUUGCAAAUAGCUCCACGGAACAGCCGUCGUUGAAGUUACAAUCACCUUCCCCACUCAGUGGGGACAUCGAGAAAACAGUCACAUUAGGUAAACGUCACUCGAUUUAUCAUCGAUUUAGGCAGCGUUAUUGCUAGGCUGACAAAAAUACGCCGGGGCCCAAGGGGCAUCGCGGCUAACGGCGGUCAGACUGUUUGUUGAAAUUUCUAGGAAUGGAGGUUCCCCUGGCACUUACACUCCGUUCCCGGUCCAUAGAUCCCGUUGACCUAUUUCUUUACCCUCUUUUAUCUAAUCGCUCUGAGACUUGCUUUAGCCGACAUUAAAUACUGAGGAGGUCGGCUUGUUACUGUUAAUCAUCAAAACUAUUCGAGAACUCCUAUGCCUUUUUGUUUAAAGUAGGUCUAAGCUUAUCUUCGUAAUGGUUUUGAUUGACAGAUUAAAAAAUCUUGAAGUCUUUUACUGUGACCAUUGUUGUGAGAGCCUCAGACUUCCUAGCUUCAAUUAACGUUUGUGAUAGUUGGCUGACUGAAAUGUGUUUUGCUUCGUUUGAAUUUCCAACGCUGGAAACAAAUGCGUCACGUUUUCACCUGACAGUCUUUUCUAAUCAUAAACGCU